AUGCUUACUUUGUUGCGUGUGCCUGCGCUUCAUAAAGGCGGCAGCGGUGUCGGUGUCUGGCUUAGGAGACUGGAGGAUCGUUCUCAGCGUCGAUGGUGGAAUGGCGGUUUCGGCGGUUGGCGACUGGAGAGUGACGACACUGACGACAGUACAACACGUCUUCAACAAACAAUUGCGUAUAAAAAAACGCGACCACAGCUCAUAAUAUAUCUAUGCCAAGUCUACGAAUUGUACCGAAAUUGA